GGGGCCAGGUCGCCACCGCCCGCAGGUUGCGGGAGGGGAGGAGGGCGAGGAGAAGGGCGGGAGGCGCGGGAGAGGGGGAGGGAGGGAGGCGGGGAGGGGACGGCAAUCCGAGGAGGGGGAGGAGGAGGAGAGAGCAGCCUCCCGCAGCUGGCGAGGAGAAUGGGCGUGCGGGGCGCCAGACCGCCGCGGGGUGUCACGGCCGCGGCCGAGCUUGCCGGGCGCGGGGCCGGCGCCCGCCGCUUUUAAACCCGGGCGGGCGCGGCGGAGGCGGCGGCGGCGGGCGGAUCGCGGCGCGCGCUGGGCGCCGGGCGGCGGCCGGAUGGAGAGGAAGGGCUCGGCGGCCGCGGCCAAGGGGAACCCGAGCCCGCCCGCGGCCGGCGAGGCGCAGCGGCCGCCGCCGCCACUGUGCGUCCCGGGCGGCGGCGGCGGGGUCCCGGCGCGCGGCCAGGCUGGGGCGGCGGCCGAGCCCGCCGAGUUCAUCCGGCGGGCGCACGAGUUCAAGAGCCAAGGUGCGCAGUGCUACAAGGACAAGAAAUUCCGCGAAGCCAUCGGCAAAUACCACCGGGCGUUAUUGGAGCUGAAGGGGCUGCUGCCGGCGCCGGGGGAGCAGGAGCGGGACUCGCGCGCGGCCUCCCCGCCCGGGGCCCCCAACCCCGGCCGCCUCUCGGAGGAGCAGAGCAAGACGGUGGAAGCCAUCGAGAUCGACUGCUACAACAGCCUGGCAGCCUGCCUGCUCCAGGCUGAGCUGGUGAACUACGAGCGAGUCAAGGAAUAUUGCCUCAAAGUCCUGAAGAAGGAAGGAGAGAACUUCAAGGCUCUUUACCGGUCUGGUGUAGCCUUCUACCAUCUUGGAGACUAUGACAAAGCACUCUACUAUUUGAAAGAAGCAAGGACCCGACAGCCAACAGACACCAACGUGAUUCGGUACAUCCAGCUGACGGAGAUGAAGCUCAGCCGAUUCUCCCAGAGAGAGAAGGAAGCCAUGUGACAGCUGCAGCCGCCCCCGAGGACGGACUUCCAGGCAGCCCCCCGGGCGAAGGGCCCCUCCUGGGUUUUGCUCCCUUCUCCCCACGUCUGCCGGCUCCCCCUUUCUUCCUCUGGCUGCCCCUCAGCAAUCCGUCUGCUCCCAGUGGGAAAGGAAGGAGAGGCAUAUUUGGAACCUGGCGGGUUGCCUGCCAUGGAGACACCCCUUCUCUAGCAGGUCCACUACUGAGAGGGACCUCACUUCUGCGGGGACAGCUGGAGAGGACUCUUCCAGGGCCCAGAACGCUGAUGCAGCAGUGACUUCAGCCAGUGCUCCUGACAGAGGCAGAGCCUGGUAGAUGUGCCGUCGCAGGCACGGAGCCCACGGGCUGGACCCCUGCACACUUUCCGGACAGACCAGAGCAUCUCAAGGCAACCGUGACCAAUCCAGGGAAGAGACAAACGCCAGAAGCAUCAGGUUAAGCCAACAGACCGUGCAUUUGUACCCUGGGUUCCCCCCCACCCCCACGCAGCCACCUCAGCCCCUGCCUCCCUCCCUCCACUUGUUGUCUUGGCCUGGCUUUCUUCUCUCCCCCUCGGGGAUCUCUGAGACUGCCAGGAUUCACAAGCCUCUGAAACCCACUCUCAGUGCCCUCGGGUGACCACACAUACCAUUCUCCCAUACUCCCGCCCAGCAGGCAGCUGUGACAGCAGAGGGACAGGGUGAGGAGGGCCCCAGGCUGAGUAGGUGAUGGAGGGGAGGGGAGAUGACCUCUAGGGGAAGUAGCAUUGUCUAGCCUGCAGCAUCGAACUGUGGACUCAGUAAGUGUAAAUAAAAAUAAAUUAACAGGCAACAGCUCCUGUCAUUUCUGUUGGAAGCAGCCCACUCCCUCGCUGUCACUCCCUCCCCCAACUCUGAGUCAGAGCUACUUACAGCUUCCCCCAAAGCGAGGGCCCAUUUGUCCAGGGGUAAACAAUGUUGGCUGCCGCCUCUGUGCGUUGGAGUGGGCUGGCCUUGCGGAGACUAGCCAGGGACUUGGCCUUGUGGGAACUUGUAGAGCCUCCUUUUGAUGAAAUUAUCUGGACUCAAUAUCUAGCACAUAGAAUGUGUUCAACAAAUAUUUGUUGAAUGAAUAAAUUAUGACUGCAGACUGGCUCUCCUGCCUUAAACUAAUUUUAGCCCAGCCUAGUCUCCUGAUAUCUAUGCUCUUUAUGCUCUGCCGUGUUGCUUUAGUCAAAUAAGAAACAUUUACUGAGGGCUUAUCGUUUGCCGAUCAUUGUGCAAUAUGCCGUGGGACGGAGGACAUCGUCCUGGUCUUGAAGGGGAUGGAAGAGUUGAGAAAUACUCGUAUGAGAUUACCACCAAUGACACCUUUAAUUUCUAUGAUGCUUUAAAUUUUUCAAAGCACUUUCGUGUAUUUUUUGUGUGAUUAGUGAGACAAGAUUGUACAAAUUAAAAUAUAUACAAAUGCAAUAAUGUUAAUAGUUAGCAUUUAUUAAAUGCACUAUCCUCAGACACUUACACGUAUAAUCUCAUUUCUUUCCUGCAAUUACCCUCUGAGAUACUAUUUCCAUUAGGUGGGUAAGGAAACUUAAAAUCCAGAAAUAUUCCCUCCCCCAAGGUGAUAGGACCUUAAGUGACGUGGCUAGGAUCUGAACCAGGUCUGUCUGACCCAGAGCUCUAAAUGCUAACUACCCUAGUUAGCUGCUCUCUACGAAGUAGUCUAUUGAGCUGUUACGACCAUUAGGGAGUAGGACAGUGCGUAUUCCGUUGAAAAGCCUUACUAGGCCAAUAAUGGUAUAUGGGCUGCCUCUGUAUUUAGCCCAAGGUUUAAAAAGGUCCCUAACGCCAACUCCUUAGUGGUCAAGGCAGUGACAGGCCAGAAAAGACAGCUGAGACCUAGCAGUUACUUCUGUGUAUGAUUCAUUGUACUUUCUGAUGUCAGCGCAUAUCCAAACCCACCCUCUAUUUCCCCAGCCUUGGGGAAGCUUCACAAUUAUAGGUAGAGAUCGAAAGGAAACACAAAGUAAAUUAUGGGUUCUUUGUGCAAUCAGAGACUCCACCCCACCCCUGCAGGAUCCAAUCACUGCUGAGAGGCCCAGAAGCCAGCAGUCCAGGUUAUAGUCCCAUAGCUGCUGAAAGGCUUCCAACAGGGGUGUUAAGAAGGUGCUAGAAAUACCCAGGGGCCCCGCAGUUGCCUGUCUAUAGCUCACUUCUGGGGAAGAGGAAAAGGAAAAUGCUGGUAUCGCUGCCACAUUCUCCCCUCACUCCCCACCAGAUCCUUCCCUCUGCCCUUUUCUUCCAGAACGGGUUCACAUUUACCCAACUCAGAACCAUCCUGCGUCAGACACAGCAUAGGCAUAUGUGCAAGUCUCCCCCGUUCCCAAGCCUCCAGCCCAGGAAGCUUGCGAGUUGGCAAACUGCUUGCCAGGGUCUGAAGGAUGCGGGUGAGUUCAGAGGGGGGAGGCAGAACGGGUUCAAACCAGCAGGGUCUUCCUUUCGUCUUCAUGCCAUCAGGAAGGGCUCGGACUAACUAUCCCCAAACCAGAGCAGGAGAGAGGUCUUGCCUCAAUGAGUAAGUUGGGGCAGAGCUGGACAGAGGGGGAUAAGAUCGUCGCCAUCCUUCUAAAGAGGAAGGUGGAAACCCAGAACUAGAUGAGCACAGCCCUGGGCACAGAUUCCCUGCUGUCUGGUGGUUUGCGUACACUUGCUUACUGGAAUCCGUUCAACUGUGACCCAAUGUUAAGUGAUUCCCAAAGUAAAAAUUUGCCUGGGAGUGUUGUCCGAUGUUUGGGGUGGAGGGUGAAAUUGCCGUGCAUUUUGUCCAACAAAAAUUUCAGAAAGCUGUUAAGCAAGAUCAGGUCUAUUCACCUUAGACGACCUUCAGCUUCCUGCCCCCCCAUCCCUCCUCAAAACACGAACUGUGAUUUCAUGACACCCUUUGUUUGCAGACGUCACUGCUGACCUGGAGCACUAAUCCUGGAUCUGACCUGCUGUGUCAUCUCCUGCUUGGACUUUUGUGAUAGACUCUUCGGGGAAAAAAAUUAUACUUUUCUUGUUAUUGUUAUGAAAGCCUCACAUGUGUACUGUAGAAAUUUAGCGGGGGGUGGGGGGUGGGGAGACAAACUCCAACCCGUCAUCCUACCACCCAAGACAAACAUCACUGGCUUUUAGACUUCUCUUUCAGUUCUUUGGGGGUAUAAAUGUUCACAUGCACAUGCAGGGCUUGUUUUGUUUUGUUUUGUUUUUAACAAAAACUGGAUUACACUGUAAAUACUCUUUAGUAACUUACUUUUCAAAAUGUGUAUUUAUAUUUUAGAAUAUGUAAGACACACACAGGUGAGAACUCAGUCUCCUUCCCACCCUGUCUGCCAGCAUCUAGUUUCCCUCCAAAUACUUGUACUGUAUAUCCUUUCAGAAACAUUGAUGCAUUUUCGAAUAUAUGUGUAUAUCCUUUUGUCACAAAUGGUAGCAUAUCAGACACACCUUUUUGCCUCUUGUGCUAUUUCACUUAACUCGAUCAUGAGCGAAACGUUUUGUGUGGGUGUCACUCGGACUUUUUCAACAGCAUCUUCAUUAUGUGGAUGGACUCUCACUUGGUAGCCUGACUCUUUACACGAAUUGUUUCAUUUGUUCCCAUUCUUUAUUGUAAAUAAUGUUGCAGCAGACAUUCCUGUUGCUAAAGUUUGCACACACCUAUGGCUAUUUCCUUGGGAUAAAAUCCAAGAAGGAAAUUGCUUGGCUCUCUUUAAGAAUUUUGAUAUAUGUUGCCAACUGCCCUGAGAAGAGUUUGUACUAAACUUCGCCCCUUCCUGUUUGCAGGCUUGAGAUUGCCCUGUUCCCUACAACCUCACUAACGGUGGAUAUAGUCACUUACCAAACCUUUACCAGUCCGGUAGGGAAAUAAUAGUAUGUCAGUGUCACUGGAACUCAUACUUCUUUGAUUAUGAGUGAAUAACCUCUUCAAAUGCCUAUUGACCCUUUGUACUUGUUUCCUUGUGAUUUUCUGUUUAUUUGAUAUUGGUAUGUUUACCUUUAUUCCCAAUAUGUAAUUUUAUUAAGAAUAUUAGUUUUGUCAAGAAACAUUGCAAAUAUGCUUUCCAAGUGCUUUGCUUUUGAAUUUUGUUUAUGGUGCUUUUUGACACACAUAAAUUCUUAAUUCUGCAAUUAAUCUGGA